GAAAACACACGCAUCACCACCAGCACCACCCGCUCCCACCACGGCCAGAGACAGCCCGAGAGAGGUUGAUGCGCCCGGAGGAUGCGCCACCGCAGCAGCCGGGAGAGGGAAGAGUGCGAAUCGAUUGCGGCUCGGCUGUCUUUUGUCUGGCCUGGGGCAGGCAGACAACGUUUCUCACACUAUCAACAGAACGGCAAAACUAAUUCCACCAUCACCCCGCUCGCCUCCUCCGAUUGGUCACAAUCAAUCAGCCAACACCACCGAACACACACGCACACACACACACACGCGGUUACCAAGCGCAUUGGUGAAGGUGUUGUUGUUGUUUUUUGUGUGUGUGCGACAAAGGCGGCACGAUCAAAACAAGAUGAAUCAACGGUGAAACCCCCACCCCAUGCAUCCCCAUCUUGGCCACCCUCAAUGUGUGUUGCAUUAUUCGUCCUACGGGGCAGCUUGCUCUUGCCCGGCGGAGAAUUUACUUCCAGUUGCCAGUUAGUGGUCGGUGUUGUUGUUUGUUUUGCUUCUAGCGACUUUGGGGCGCUUCGAUUCGUCUCUUGGUUGGUGGUGGAAAGCGGCAUCCAAACGAAGCUGCCGUCGAGCUUAAAGGAAACAGCCGUCGGACACUGCACACAUUUUGUUCCCUUGCUUGCGUUUAGGCACUUAAGGAAAACUCUCCCCCAGCGCCUGUAACCAACUCCUGUCCGUCUGACAUUGCACGUUCGAUGUGGCACAGUAUAGUGUCAAGUCAUUGUGAAUUAUAUUGGUGCAGCGUGACCGGUUAGCUUUUCCUGCUCCUUUCGGUCCCGGUCCCGGUCGUCGGCUGUACGUUCGUCGCUUGUACCGCUCCGCAAGCGUAGGCAUCACCGCAUGCGUCAGCAGCAGCACGGGAGCAAAGGAAACAGUGAAACAUCACCACGCGCACCCACCUGACAAACACACCCCCCAACCCGCGGAGCCGAGGGCAGCCGAGACGUGCCGUGGCAGAGAGAGAGAGCGUGUGUGUGUGUGUCUGUCCGUUUUUUGUUGUUGAGAUAUUUAUGGUGCUUCCAAUCCAAGUUCGAACCGAUCGCAAAAACCCGAUAUAAAUAGGUUUGCGCGCGCUACCGGGGACUUUCCGGUGGACGGGGCGGUACAGGAGGACGCACCGGGCAGUCUAGCCGACGCGUGCACCACCGCGAGUGGGAGCAUCAUCCGUUCCUCCGCGCCGAGGACGGUUGUUGCCCCGUCCUCGUUCUCCGGCUUUACCGCACACCGGGGCGAAGAAGCCCGCCGGCAGCUGGAGCAGCAGCAGCAGCAACCGGAGCAGCCAACCGUGCACGACCGGUUACGGCCCGCGCCGCCAAGAAGCAUGUCCGGCACGACGGGCAAGCGCAAGGAGAUCUACAAAUAUCUCGCCCCAUGGCCGCUCUACUCGAUGAACUGGUCGGUGCGGCCGGACAAGCGCUUCCGGCUCGCCCUCGGCAGCUUCGUCGAGGAGUACAACAACAAGGUGCAGAUCAUCAGCCUGGACGAGGACACGAGCGAGUUCAGCGCGAAAAGCACGUUCGACCAUCCCUAUCCGACGACCAAGAUCAUGUGGAUACCGGACUCGAAGGGCGUGUAUCCGGAUCUGCUCGCGACCAGCGGCGACUACCUGCGGCUGUGGCGGGCCGGUGAGCCCGACACCCGGCUCGAGUGCGUGCUGAACAACAACAAAAACAGUGACUUCUGCGCCCCGCUCACCUCGUUCGACUGGAACGAGGUCGACCUGAACCUGGUCGGCACGUCCUCGAUCGAUACGACCUGCACGAUCUGGGGCCUCGAGACCAGCCAGCCGCUCGGGCGCGUCAACCUCGUCUCCGGCCACGUCAAGACGCAGCUGAUCGCGCACGACAAGGAGGUGUACGACAUUGCGUUUUCGCGGGCGGGCGGCGGCCGCGACAUGUUCGCGUCGGUCGGCGCCGAUGGCAGCGUGCGCAUGUUCGACCUGCGCCACCUCGAGCACUCGACCAUCAUCUACGAGGAUCCGGCCCACACGCCGCUGCUGCGGCUCGCGUGGAACAAGCAGGACCCGAACUACCUCGCGACGGUCGCGAUGGACAGCUGCGAGGUGAUCAUACUGGACGUGCGCGUCCCGUGCACCCCGGUCGCCCGGCUCAGCAAUCAUCGCGCGUGCGUGAACGGUAUCGCGUGGGCGCCGCACAGCUCCUGCCACAUCUGUACGGCGGGCGACGACCACCAGGCGCUGAUCUGGGACAUCCAGCAGAUGCCGCGACCGAUCGAGGACCCGAUCCUCGCGUACACCGCGGCCGAGGGCGAGGUCAACCAGAUACAGUGGGGCGCCACCCAACCGGACUGGAUCGCGAUCUGCUACAAAACGGCGUGCGAAAUACUGCGCGUCUAAGGCCGUUCCUCUGUUAGGCUUGUAGCGGUUGUUUUUAUUUUCUACAUUUUUUUUUAUUUUUUACAAUUUUUUUUUCCAUUGCAAACUCAUUACGCUCAGAAGGUACAGCGGGGCAGCCCAAACCCCAAACACUCGCUAUCCAAUUUAUGCUGUAGGUAGAUUUUUUUUUUUGGUUAGUUUACGCUAGAUUAAUUUACAGCCACGCCGCGGUACACACGCGGUGCUGGAACGAAAAUUGUACAUUUGCUUGGUUUGAUGAGUCUAAACCAUUCCUUCCCCCCCCCCCCCUAUCCCUGUGCGCUACAGCAGGCUCCAACCUGCGCGCACAAACGUCGUGUCACCAUUGUCUGGCUUUGGUAGCGAGAGAUUCGAACUUACCUGCUAAUGAUUUUGAAUGCGACUUAUUGUUUGUUGGAAAAGAGUAGCUUUUAUUUACACCCAACAACGGCAUCAUGCCAUGCACCGCCACAUACUCAAUGCGCGCACCCCGCUACGCAGCAUCAAUACGCAAAAAGACAUGUUUGACACGGAGUGUCCGAACGAACGUAUAGGUUAGGCAGCUUCCUGCGCUAGCUUUACACAGCUGGGCGGGAAAGCAUUCUUUCACGCUUCCACUCCUCCUCCAACACACUGCGCUGUAUCAUUUACGCAUCGGAAGGCAAGGGCGAUAAUUCGCAGAGGUAGCUUUACAUACCGCAGUCGCUGGAAACCUGACGAACGGUGAACCCUUCAAACGAGCCUAAUUUGAAUAAUCGUGCAACAGUUAGAAUACGCAAUCAGGUAUGAAAAAAUGCACUGCACCCUCCCUCCAAAGGGGGUGUCGUUUCAAUUGUAA